UGGGGUGGAGUAACCUCACAUGAGGCAGCAGCGCCACAGGGAUUGCGUGGUUUGAGGGGCGGGAGUUGGGCAGAGACGGGGGUCUGAGCGCCAGAGAGAGAGGUGUAGGAGCCAGAAGGUAAUGUCGUAAAGCCGAGUGUCGUAAACCAGGUGCAGGGAGGGGAGGUGGAGUAGAAGGGAGGGAGGGGAGGUGUGGGGGCGAGAGGAGGUGACUCUCCAGCAGCAUUUAGACACAGCAAAAGGAUCAUGGCGGAUGGCCCCAGGUGUAAGCGCAGAAAGCAGGCGAACCCGAAGAGGACAAACGUGAGUAACUACAGUCAUGUGCUGGAGGGCCAGUCGGACUCGGACGAUGAGGACAAGCUUCACAUUGUAGAGGACGAAGGCAGUCUAUUGGACGGGGCUGACUGUGACAGCGUGGCCCCAGACGACGACCAUAAUGGGACGGCCGACCAGGACGGCAGAUGGGAUGAUGUGAAAGAGGAGAGCAUGUCAGACGAGGAUGACAGGAGCAGAGAUGCUUUGGUUGAGGAGAUGCUUCAGCAAGGAGACACGGCCGUUAUCUUCCCAGAGCCGCCAGACGACGAACCACAACAGGGAACGCCAGAGACCAGCGGACAUGAUGAAAAUGGCACGCCAGACUCGUUUUCUCAGCUCCUCACCUGUCCGUAUUGCUCUCGCGGUUACAAGCGUUACACCUCGCUGAAGGAACACAUUAAAUACAGACACGAGAAGAGCGAGGACAACUUCAGCUGCUCUCUGUGCAGCUACACCUUCGCCUACCGCACACAGCUGGACAGACACAUGACCGCACACAAAGCUGGACGAGAGCAGCGACAUGUUACUCAGUCAGGUGGAGGAGGGAAUCGAAAGUUUAAAUGCACUGAAUGUGGCAAAGCCUUCAAGUACAAACACCACCUGAAAGAACACCUGCGCAUCCACAGCGGAGAAAAGCCUUACGAAUGCUCCAACUGCAAGAAGCGUUUCUCUCAUUCUGGCUCCUACAGUUCUCACAUCAGCAGUAAGAAGUGCAUUGGUCUUAUCUCAGUGAACGGACGGCCGCGGCCCACUCCCGCCGCUGGGCUGGCAAAAACCCCACAGUGCUCUUCCCCGUCUCUGCCCACCUCCUCCCCUACAGCACGUGCCCAAGUCCGAGACAAGCUGGACAACAGCAAACCCCUUCAGGAGCAACUUCCCUUGACGCAGAUCAAGUCUGAGCCACUAGACUACGAGUACAAGCCUGUGGUGAUAGCUCCAUCUACAAGGGGGGUGAAUGGCAUGUUCCAGGGCGGGGCCACAGCCCCCCUUCAGGGUGCCGUGCAGGCUGUCGUGCUGCCAAUGGUCUCCCCAAUCAGCAUCAACCUGGGAGACCUGCAGAACGUGCUGAAGAUGGCGGUGGAUGGGAACAUCAUCAGGCAAGUGCUGGAAAGCACUCAAGCCAAGGGUCAGCAAACAGGGAUUGUUGGAUCGGGAGGAGUGGGCAUUGCUCAGACACCUCAGCAAGUCAUCCAAGCCAUUAGUCUUCCCAUCCUUGAUCAGGAUGGCAAUGCCAAGAUCAUCAUCAACUACAGCAUAGACCCUUCACAGGCCCAAGCAAUCCUGCAGAGUCCCAAGAUAGAAACAUUGGGAUCAAACUCUGAGGGAAAGGGUCAGAAGCUGCCAGAGGACCUGACAGUUAAGACAAAUAGGGACAAAACCACCAUCCCUGUGGACGAGAAGAGCGGGUCACGCAACAACAAUAAGCACUGUGGUAAAGAUGGACAUAGAGUCAAUGGGAAAAGUCUUGACGCAAAGGACUUAGAGGAAGGACUGUGUCCUGGUCAGCCUCCGCUAAAGAACCUUCUUUCCUUGCUUAAGGCUUACUUUGCCUUAAAUAAUGAGCCUACAAAGGAGGAGCUGGCUAAGAUAUCUGAAUCCGUCAAUCUUCCAGCAGAGGUGGUGAAGAAGUGGUUUGUGAAGAUGCAGCUUGGACAAAUAUCUGUAGACCCCUCUUCACCGCUGGCUGAAGAUACGCAAACCAGUCCUGAGGAAUUGGAUGGGACUAAUUGUGUAUCACCCAGACUAGAGCCAGAUGAGCAAAUGAACACAGAAGAGACAGAGGAGAUGGAAUGCUGUAGCUCAACAGAGGGCAUAGCAGCUGGGAUAAAUGGAGUCGAGAGUGCCCCUGCAUCCCCUUCACCACUAAACCUAUCUGCCGACGGUCCUGUCCCAGCCAGGACUAAUGAGGAAGGCGAGGGACCCCUCGACCUAUCGCUACCAAAAUCCGCCGCUACAGCUACCGUAGCUAGCGGUCACCCUAACACUGUUUACUCAGCUCAAGAGGAGCCGCUGAAUUUGACUUGCACAAAGAAGGAAGCGCUCAGCAAUGCAAGCACCAAUGCUAUCAUAUACGCCAGCCAACCAAGUGCCAAUCCCAUAAACAUCGUGACCACUCAACUGCCCACGCUAGUGGCUAUCACUGACCAGGGACAUGGGCAAUGUCUACGUGCACUUACCACCACUAAACAGACCAUCCUGAUCCCUCAGCUAGCCUACAGUUACACCACUACAUCCUCCAGCCCAGCAAGGGGCGACACACUGCAACAGAAUAUACUGCAGGUCAAUGGCGUCAAGGAGGAAAAACAGGAGAUGGGGUCAGAGGUCACGUCAACGUUGGAAGAACAAACAGAUUCAGACUCAGGGCCUACGAGGAAGAAGAUGAAAAGGACGGAAAGUGGUCUCUACGCCUGCGACCUGUGUGACAAAAUCUUCCAGAAGAGCAGUUCACUGCUCCGCCAUAAAUACGAACACACAGGUAAGAGGCCUCAUGAAUGUGGGAUCUGCAGCAAGGCCUUCAAACACAAGCAUCACCUGAUCGAGCACCUGCGCCUGCACUCCGGAGAAAAGCCCUACCAGUGUGACAAAUGCGGCAAACGCUUCUCUCACUCCGGCUCCUACUCGCAACACAUGAACCACCGUUACUCCUACUGUAAGAAAGAAGCUCAGGGUCAAGGGCUGAGCCAGGGGGUCGAGGAAGAGGACAACCCCGGCGAAGAGCAGCCCCGGACGGGCAGCGCGGCAACCUCGCCCCCCUCCCACCUGGACUCGGACGAGCGAGGGAGCAGUACCAGAGAAGAUGAGAGCGAGGAAGAGGAUGAGAUGGGUUCGGGGAGUAUAGUGGACGAAGAUGAGAUUCAGGUAGUAAAGAUUGGAGAGGAAGGAGAUGAGGAUGACCAGGGAACAGAUGAAGAGAGGAUGGAGGAAAUGGAACAAGAGGAGGUUGGGGACGAUGGCGAGAAGGAGGUGCCAGAUGGAGGUGAGAGGGAGGAAAUGGACAGCGAGGAGGCCGAAGGAGAUAAAGAUGGACAGAUGCUGAAGGUCGUGGUGAUGCAGGAUGAAUGUGAGGAGGAGAACGAAGAUGAAGAACAACCUGUGGAAGCCAUGGACACGGGAACUCUCGAACACGUGAAGGAGACGACAGAAAGUGUUGAGGAGAACCUGGCGGAUGAGAAAAACAGUGAAAAUGAAGGAAAAACACCCACUACGAAUGGAGAGGUGAAAUGAAGGAAACCACAACUGUGUUUUUAUGAUUCCUUAUUUACUCAUUUGAAGGAACAAAAAGACAAAUUUUUGCUCUCUGCAGAAGUUUCUGACUGUGUGUUACUGAUAGAAGAAGAGUCGAGAGAGACCGAGAGAAAAGAAGAGAGCGUGUUAGCUCUACGCUGCAUUUAAGCCCACUGCUGUGUAUAAAACCCCCAGGUGUGCCUGAUAAAUACAAAAUAGUAACUUUUCCACAUAAAGAUGAUUUUCAGUGUUUAAGUAAGGUUUGUAUAAAUGCAGUUUAACGAAAAAAGAAAAAAAGAAAAAAAGAAAAUGACGCGUAUAUGGACUGAAAGCUAGACAUGUUUUGGCUAAUAAUGUUUUAUUACUAAAACGCCUUGGGUCAAUUUCUUUAUCAGUAUUACUAAUUUUUGUCACUCUCGGUUUACCCUUCAAAGUUGUACAGCUGGGAGAGAGAGAUUUCUAUACGUUUUUAUUGCCAAUGAACAAAACUCAGUAUUUUCUUGCAUUUGAAGGAAAAUAAUCCUGUGCACUACCAUAUUCCCAGUUUACAUAUGGAAAACCUAUGUGGGCCUUGUGUUGUUUAAUGUCUACCUUCCAGUAUUAGCACCCCAGACUAUACCCAUUGCCACGCUGGCGCUCGCUGACACAACAUUUCGUUUCAAGGUGGAGCCUUAAAUGUAAAAAGAUUAAUGUGGUUACGGUGGGGGUGGCGGGGCUGGCCAAGAAGUCCAAAUGAAUUUUUAAAAGCCAAGAGAUCAGAGAUAAACCUUAGUAAUCGUGUAUCAGGUGAUCAGCGCCUUUCUCCGCCCAUCCAUCUACCUUUAUGCAAAAACAUGCAUGUUGAAAGUGCCAAUGAACAGUGCUGUGCCGUUGCUGUGACGCUGUUGCUAAGCAGCACACUCACGCGUUGGGCUCAUGCUGUCUUCGUUUUUUCGGUAGCAAAAGUUUGGAACCCUGCAUCUUAACCACUAGUCCUGACUAAAGGACAAGACUGCCUCUUUUUCGAUCAAUCAAUCUUGUAAAAGGACUACACUGCAUCAAGAAUUCAGGAGAGACGAUCAAUGAACAAAAAAGGAGAAAAAAACAUUUUCUUUUCCCCUGUUUGGUGCACUUGUUUAUCUUGUUAUCUUUAGCUGCACGACACUUUUUCUUCAGGUAACAAACGUAGGCAGAUUUGAUCAAUGAAGAAUUCACUUAGUGUUUUUCGUUUUUUAUUUCGUUCGGCCUUUUUACCCGUCAGUAUUAAUUUCUGUCUCGUUUGUAUUGAAGUUGUUUUGUUGUGAACGUUGCAUAAGGUUUUGUUUUCAGUAAAGGCAGUAUUACCCUCCCAUCCCUCACCAGUAUAACUUUACAUUUUUAGUUUUAGAGACCUUUUUAUAUUUAUGUGUCUUAUUUUUGUAUUUUCUUUAUGGUUAUUUAUUACACUAUGUAGUGUACAAUACUGUAGUUUGUAUUAAUACAAUAAUAUAUUUUAGUAUGAAGAAUAAUUUUGAAGAGAAUUGAAUUCAAAGCUGGAGAAGAAACUCUAGCGUUUCAGUGUUUUAAAACAGAAAAAGUAUUAUUUUCAGAUUUUCAAAAUGCAUUGUUUGAAAAAAAAGGAAAUGCCCUAAAGUACAUCCGAACUGUUACCUUUUUCACAUCAUUCACUUUAAUGUUACUGUCUUUUACCCCACUAUACUUUGAAGCUACUGAACUUCUGAGAUCUAACUGUAUGCUAUACACGCAUGAGUCUUUGCUGUUGUAUCGAAAAAUUGUCCUUAACCAUGAACUGUGCUGCCCUUUUAACAAAGCCAAAACAUCGUAAAUGUUUGUUUGUUUGUUUGUUUUUUAUUUUUGGUUGUGCCAAUUUAUAACUCUUUGUCUACAUCAAGGCAACAAAGUCUUUUAUAUGUCCCUGUUUUAACCCUUUUUAGUGCUAGCUUUUGUUUGAUUAUUUUGUUUUUAAUGAUUCCCCAUCUCACAAUAAAAAAGUUUUAAGAAUUCAACAUGGAGAUCUCUGGUUUACAAUCCUUCUUUUACAAGAAAGAGUAACGGAUCGUUUUGUUGAAUAUUGUUAAAAAGUGUGUGGACUAAACAGUAUGUUUACAUUUUUAGAACACAGAAGUCUUGUACACCUCAUGAAAACAGUCUUCCUCAUUCAUUAGGAUUGGGUUGCUUUGCAGGUUUUUGGACCGGCUGCAUGAAUUAUUAAAGCAGGAAAUUAUAAAUCUAUGAUCUGACUGAAGUCAGAAAAUGUGAUGCUUACUCUGCUGUAUGGAAAAUAGACCGUUUGUGUGCAUCAAACUAAAGCAAAAACUAAAUGGUUUUUACACUUUGAUGUUUAGAUGCUUUAUAUUUAAAUGCACUUCAAAUAUAAAGCUUCAUGCAAGCGUUUCAACAAGUACGGAAUACUCAACUCAGUACUCAUCUACUGUUGUUUAUCCUCAAUUAUUUGUAAUACAGGUUGGAAGCGUGUUUAUACAGUGAAAUGAAAGCUGUGUUUCCAGCAGUAUCUUAAAGCUGAUGAAGAGCACAGGUACAAGCCAAAAGCAAGAGCAGAAACUGAGAACAGAACAUCCCCUGGGAAAUUUAGUGGAUAGCACAAUCAAACACAAAUAGCCUACAUCUGUGCUCAAAACAUUUCCCUGUACUUGAAUAUCAUGUCCAUUUACCUAAAAGCUGAAUUUUAUGUGUGGGUAUAAGAAUGUGGGUUUAACGCUGUGUUUAAUACCAAGAGAUUUGCUUUCUGAAAUAAAUGUACAUUAAGUCCCAAAGCGUUACCUAUUCAUUUUUUAACUGGAAACACAUUUAAGUUUGCUAAACAGGUUAUACAGUGUCUCUGUAACAGUUUAAUUUACAAGGUGGUUGUUGUAAAAUACAAAAUUUAAUAGGGGGGAGUUUAUUUUCUGAUUGUUUUAUUAUUUUCUAAAUUAUCUGCAUUGGCAGAACUAAGCUGUUGUUACAUAAAUGUAUGAUUUCCCCCCUGUAAAACGUGCAAAUUACCAACUAGCAAAACAAUUAGCC